GAACUCUCCAGUGCAGCUUUCACAUGUCAGCCACGCCCUGUCAUCCCCGCAGCCCCCCAAUGGCCUGGUUGAGUCCCAACACAUGUAGAUAGACAGGCAUGCACAUGGAAGCCCUUCACAUCCUCUCCCCCAUAAGCAUGUCGUCUGCCCGCCCCACCAUGUCACUGUCGCCGUCGCUGUCAAACGUCGUCUGCAUCACCUGCCUUGCCUUGGCUCAGCUCAGCUGCUCGCCCCAUGACCCAUGACGGCCCUCGUCGCUGAUCGCGUCGCUACCUAGGCUCACCCAGAAGAAGCCCUUGCUCCGCCAUACCAGCUCGCAUCCUCUCCACAAUUAGCACAUAAUCCGCUCCACCAGGCUGCGAUUCACAUGUGAAGGCAGAGACAAAGAAGUGGAAUCUCUUUGUGUGCUGCACUAGCCGACCCUGCACCUGCCACCUGCAAGAGCAAGAGCAAACUGCAAGCCCAGACAGGACGCGCACCAUGAACUACGUGCGCUCGCUCACGGGCAGCGUCUCCAAGGGCUGGAACUCGAUCAACCCCGCCACCCUCAGCGGCGCCAUCGAUGCCAUCGUCGUCGAGCGCGAGGACGGCAGCCUGGCCUGCUCGCCCUUCCACGUCCGCUUCGGCAAGUACCAGAUCCUGCGCCCGUCCGACAAGAAGGUCGAGUUCCGCGUCAAUGGCCACGUCCAGCCCUACUCGAUGAAGCUGGGCGAGGGCGGCGAGGCCUUUUUCGUCUUCGAGACGUCGUCCGCCGUGCCCGAGGAGAUGCAGACGUCGCCCAUCGCCUCGCCCGCCUCCAGCCCCGAGCAGAAGCCCGUGAACCUCCGCCUCAACCGCGUCUUCGACGAGCCCGAGCCGCUCGACCUCGAUGGCGUCGACAGCGGCAUACGGCGAAGAGGCCGCUUGUCCAUGUCGGUGCCGCCGUCAGACGCCAUGCUCAUGGACGCGGAGCUGGAGCGCCCAAAGUCGGGCGACUGGUCGGGCUUCCACAUCCAACGCGCCAACACCGAUCUCGUGCUUCCCUCGGCCAACCAAGGCUUUGCAGACACAUUCGAGGAAGAGAAGGAACGAGGUCCACUCGAGAUUAGCAAGGCCGAGGCUACGCUAUGGAACAGGACGGCACGCUCAACCAGCCCGCCGCCAGUGUCGCGCGCUGAAGCCCUGGCUCGCUCCAUCAAGCUUUCCAAGAUCCUCUUCGCCUCCAACAUCCCGAACAAGGUCACCGAGACAGGCGACCUGGAGCUGGACAUGACGGGCUACAAGAGUAGCGAGGAGGAAUCCCUGCGCGCCGAAUUCAUUGCAAGAAAGAUCCUCUCCGACGAGCUUGCGGGAGACUACGAUAUCGGCGCGCUCAUUGGCGCAGACGAGAAUGGCAAUCUCUGGAUAUACAGCAGCGAGGAAGCCAAGGCAGCAGCCAUGCAGAAGUCGUCCCUCUCCGUGCUGGAAGAGGCUGCACUCCACUCGUCUGAUGUCGUCUCCGACCCCGGCUACCAAAGCGACAGCAACCAGAGCGACAGCACAGCCGCCGACUUCUCCCACAUGCGCAGAGACUCGGACAGCACCCUCGGCAUCUCCGCCCCCCACUCCCCAGCCCACACCAAGACGGAGACAAAAAACUACGCAAAGACACUGCGUCUGACCAGCGACCAGCUCAAGGCGCUGAACCUCAAGUCGGGCGCAAACACCAUGAGCUUCACCGUCAACCGCUCAAAGUGCGAAGCCUACAUGUUCUACUGGAAGCACGACGUGCCAAUUGUCAUCUCCGACAUUGACGGCACCAUCACCAAAUCCGACGCCCUAGGUCACGUGCUCAACAUGAUCGGCCGCGACUGGACCCACCAGGGCGUCGCAAAGCUGUACACCGACAUCGUCAACAACGGCUACAACAUCUUCUACCUCACCAGCCGCUCCGUCGGCCAGGCAGACACAACACGCGCCUACAUCAACGGCGUAGUGCAGGACUCGUACCGCAUCCCCAAGGGCCCCGUCAUCAUGAGCCCCGACCGCACCAUCGCCGCCCUGAGGAGAGAAAUUUACCUCCGCAAGCCCGAAGUCUUCAAAAUGGCCUGUCUCCGCGACAUCAUGAGCCUCUUCGACAAACCACCCGGCCAAACCCCCUUCUACGCCGGCUUCGGAAACCGCUUCACUGACGCCCUGAGCUAUAGAUCCGUAAACAUCCCCUCCACACGCAUCUUCACCAUCAACUCCAACGCCGAGGUCAGUCUUGAUGUCCUGUCGCUGAAUAGCUAUAAAACUGGCUACGCAAGCAUGCGCGAAAUCGUAGACCACUUCUUCCCGCCCGUAGGCCUCCUCGUGCCUGCCGGCGGCGAGGCGUUCACAGACUUCAAUUACUGGCGCGAACGCCCGCUCGACAUUGAAGAUUUCACCGACAGCGAGGAUGACGGCGGCGAGGACGGCGACGACGACGAGACGGAAGCAGCCAGCCUCCGCAGCGAGGACGAGGGGUCCGAUAUCGGCGAGGAUCUGGAGGCGAGCUAUUUCACGCAUGACUCCCGCGAUGAUGCCGAUGGGGAUAACGGUAUGGAGGAGUCGAUUGUAGAGAGUAUUGAGGGGGGGGAUGCGGAGGCGGACGAGUAUUAUGAGGAUUAUGGUGAGGGCGAUGCGGAUGAUGAGUUUGCGGAGACGCCGGGGGAGGAGGUCUCGCGCAUGCAUGUUGGGGGGGAUGUGGGUGUUGAUGAGGCGGCUGCGCAGAUCACGGGCUUGAGUGUUAUGGCGAGGGAGGUUACGCCCACGCCUAGACCUAGUCCCGGGGCUAGGCGGUAGUCGGUAGACGUUGUAGUGUAGGGUGG